AUUAUACUUAAUGUAGGGAUAGGUGUUCAAGUAAGUGUCUUCAUCCGCCAAGUCCUGUUCUCAAUUCUCGCCUGGAAUAGGCUGGAAUAGAAGACCCAGGGACAGCGGCAACAAACCCCAGUCGCCGACGAUGACGCCCCCCAAGAAGAUUCUCAUGAUCACCAACUCGGAGACGGGCCAGUCCAACGUCAUCCUCGCCACAGCCCACGCCCUCUUCGAACAAGAUCCCACCGUCCAGGUCCACAUCGCCUCGUUCCCCCAGCUCGAACCAGCCGCGAAGAAGGCCCUCGCGCACGUCCAAGACGGCCGCUUCGCCUUCCACGCCCUCCCCGGCCCGGCCUUCAGCGAAGUCUACAACCGCGACCCGGACCCGGCCAACACGCUCCUGCACGGGUCCCUGGUCAAGCCGAGCAUCGCCAGCACGCCGCACCUCACGCGCUUCUUCCUCGCGAAGCUCUUUUACACGUGGACGACGGAGGAGUUCGUGGCGCUCUUCGACGCCGCCAGGGACCUGAUCGAGAAGACGGUCCGUCCGGAUAUUUGCGUGGUGGAAGGGUACCUCACCCCGGCCUUGACGGCGAUGAUGCACGUGCACGCGCACGCGCACGCGCACCGGUUCCGCGCGACGGUCAUGCUGCCCACGUCGCUCAAGGACGUGGCGGGCCACCUCGAGCCCGGGACGGCCAUGUUGACCAAGUGGCCCGUGGUGGGGUCCGCCCUCCCGAUGCCGAUUCCGUGGUACUACGUGCCGCUCAACGCGUACUUUUUCGUGCGGAUGGUCCUCGUCUUGGUGCGGGACGAGACGCCUGCGCGGUACGAGGCGGCGGUGCGGGCGGCGACGGGGAUCCCGGACCUGGACGUCCUGUCGUACGGGGCGGUGGUGAGCCACCCGACCGCGUUCGGGGUGGAGCGCAUCUUCGUGGGGUCGAGGGCCGAGGUGGACUUUCCGCAGCUGGACCUCGAAAGCCCGCCGAGGGGGUAUAUGGAGAGGGUGGUGGCGUGCGGGCCUAUUCUUCGCGCGUCGCCGGCGUUACGGGAGGUGGAUCCGGAGUUGGCGGCUUGGAUGGGGGGCGAGCCGGUGGUGUACGUCAACUUGGGGACCAUGUGUCGGGUCUCGGAGGACGAAGCGGUGGAUAUGGCGAGGGCGCUGAAGCAGGUGCUUGACGUGGCGGGAACAAACAUGAAAACAAAACAUGGUGCAGCAUGUGCGGAGCCGGAGCGCAGGGGGCAAGAGAUGAGGGUGCUGUGGAAGAUCAAGAAGGAUCCGACACGGGGCCCGCCGUACGGGACGGGACCUGGGUCGAAGGUGUAUGAUGUGUUCCGGGAGGAGAUGGAGGCGGAUCCGCCGAGGGUGAGGAUCUCGGAGUGGUUGGAUGCCGAGCCGAUGGCCAUAUUGUCGACGGGCGAUGCGGUGUGCGCGGUGACGCACGGCGGGGCCAACUCGUUUUACGAGGCCAUCGCAGCCGGCGUGCCGCAGGUGGUGUUGCCGGUCUGGGGUGACACGUACGACUACGCCAACCGGGCCGAGUUGCUCGGCAUCGGCCGCUGGGGGAGCCGGAAGGGCUGUCCGCGGUGGUAUGUCUCGGAGCUGGCGCCCGUCUUGGCGGAGGUGGUGCUGGAGCGGAAUGCCGAGUUUGCGGCCAAGUCGAGGGCGCUGGCGGAGGUCUGUCGGCGGGAUGGAGGGGGGAGGAAUGUGGCGGCGAGAAAGAUUCUGGCCUUGGCUGAGGAGAAGUAGUAGUGGGUUCUCUUAGAAGGAUAGAAGGCAUGAUAGAGGCGGCUCAAUAUGAAUCAAAUAACAAAACAAACAGGA